GAUGGCGGCGGCGGGAGAUACGAGUGCGCUGUGAGACGCGGGGCGGCUGAGCCGUGUUGAGGAAGGCGAGCUGAGACGCUAUGGACGCUUCGGGAUGUAUGAAGUCGCUGCUCCUAGCAGCUACGCAGUACCGCGCCGCCAGGACGCCGCCCAACGCGGAGCUGCUGCAGCGCAGCCUGGAGGUUAUCUCUGGACUGAAACUUACACGAUUAUUUGCUUCAAACCAGAUUCUACCAAGUGAAUGUCUCAGUUGCCUAGUAGAACUCCUUGAGGACGCUAAUACAAACCGUUCUCUAACCUUGUCUGUGGUUACUCUUCUAUCAAAGCUAGCUUUAGAUAAUGACACUAGAGAAGCUCUUCAGGAUACCUGCAAUCUAACCAGCGUGCUGGCAGGAGUGGUUCAUCGAAAUUCUACCAACCUUAGUGACCCAGUCUUACUACAGAGUAUUCAGUUGCUGCAGAGGCUAACCUACAACGUUCCAGUCUUUUGCGCUGGUGCCAAUAUUGAUGAAUUGAUUUUGUUUCUAAUGCACCAUGUUCAAUCCACUGAAGAUGAGUUAACAAUACCAUGUUUAGGACUCCUGGCAAACCUCUGUCGUCACAACUUAUCUAUUCAAGCUCAGAUAAAAUCUUUGAAUAACGUGAAGAGUUUCUAUCGUACCUUGAUAAGUUUCCUGGCCCAUAGUAGUUUGACUAUGGUUGUGUUUGCACUUUCAGUAUUAUCAAGCCUUACUUUAAAUGAAGAAGUAGGAGAAAAACUCUUUCAUGCUCGCAAUAUCCAUCAGACUUUUCAGUUAAUAUUCAAUAUUGUUGUAAAUGGAGAUGGUACUCUAACAAGAAAAUACUCUGUUGAUCUACUCAUGGAUCUGCUGAAGAAUCCCAAAAUUGCAGAUUACCUUACCAGAUACCAGCACUUUACCUCAUGCCUUGGUCAAGUAUUAGAUCUUCUUCAUGGACGGGAUCCCAAUUCAUCGUCUAAGAUCUUAGAACUGCUGCUUGCCUUCUGUUCUGUGAUACAACUGCGUCAUACCCUGCGGCAGGCAAUACUGGAACCAUCUGGCUUGCCAGUCUCUGGAAAUACCAGAUUUGUGACUUGCUCAAAGAAUUUUGAACCUUCUGUUGCAUUGGUGCACUUGUCAAACCAACCCCUGGAAGGCUCUGAAGACUGUUCAGUUCUAGCAUUGCAACUAUUCAAAGAGAUUUUUGAGGACGUUAUUAAUACUGGGAACAGCGCCUCGGCUGAACACUUUGUGGAUCUUUUGCUGCCUGUUCUUCUUGAUCAUCUUCAGAUGCCAGAACAGAUUGUGGAUGAGCUAUUAGUGAAGAAAAAGUGUGAAAGAAUGGUCAAAGCUAUUAAUGUCCUGACAAUGCUCUGUAGAGAUGACAAACUGAAAAUGCAUGCCUCGAAGGUACUGACUGCCAGCCAUUGCACAUCUCUAAUAGAACACCAGUUUGUCUGUAGUGGGAUUGAUACUGGUUUCGGGAUAACAGUAGUGGACUCCAAAAUGUGCAAACUUGCUGCUGAUAUUAUUUUGAAAACACUUGAUCUUAUGAGCAGACUGAAGCAGGACGUGCCUGGUAUGGAGGUCAGCUUCUACAAAAUUUUACAGGAUCAACGCUUGAUUACUCCUAUGACAUUUGCUUUAACAUCAGACCGUAGAGAGCAAGUUCAAGCAGGACUUGGAAUACUGUUUGAGGCUGCACAUUUACCAGAUUUUCCUGCCAUAGUGCUUGGUGAAAGCAUUGCAGCAAAUAAUGCUUACAGACAACAAGAAACAAAGCACGCAUCAAAAAGAAUCCAAAUGCAGUCACCCAUGACCAAUGUUACUUCGGUGAGGUGUUCUGCAUUACGUCCUUCAAGUGGUGAAUCUACAACUUCAAAUAUUCAGGAACUAAUACAAAAACUUCAUUCUGGACUACAGAUGAAGGAGCCUGUCACUGAUAUGAGGAUAUCUGACAUAAUGGAUGUCUACGAGCAGAAACUGACGGCAUUAGCAUCUAAAGAAACUAGGCUGCAAGACCUUUUGGAAGCAAAGGCAGUAGCUCUUGCUCAGGCUGAUAAGCUGAUGGCUCAGUACCGACGUCAGAGAGCCCAGGCUGAGGCCGAGGCACGAACGCUUGCCGCAAUGUUGAAGGAAGCGGAACGAAAAAAUGAAGAACUUAAUGAUUUGCUGAAAGCUCAGCAGGUAGAAUCUGAAAGAGCACACACUGAUAUUGAGCAGCUCUUCCAACACAACAGGAAAUUACAAACAGUUGCUGAAGAACAUGAAAUACUGAAAAAAUCCUCUGUUGAUCUUCUUCAGAGGUAUGAAACAACCGAAAGACAAUAUCAAGAUCUACAGAUUACAUGCAAUUCACUAAAUAAGGAGAUGGAAACAAUGAAGAAGUUAAAUGAAUCUCUCAAGCAACAGAAUGACAGGACUGCAGCACAGUUGAUAGAAACUGAAAAUCAGAGAAAAGAAUUGCAGCAACAGCUACAGGAGAAAGAUGGCAAAAUAGCAACUUUGCAACAGAAAAUAAAAGUUCUGGAAGAAAAACUGAAAGGUCAGCAGAAAGAAAAAACAGAUAUGGAACAAACAAUUGAUAUUCUUAGAAAGGAAUUAAGUAAAACAGAACAAGCAAGGAAAGAACUGAGUAUCAAGGCAUCUUCCCUGGAAGUACAAAAAUCCCAGUUGGAAGGACGCUUGGGAGAAAAAGAAACACUUAUAAAACUACAGAAGGAAGAACUGAACAAACACUCCAAUAUGAUUGCAAUGAUUCACAGUUUAAGUGGUGGCAAGUUAAAUGCAGACACAGUGAACCUCACUUUAUAGGGCUCUCUUAAGGUUUUAAUAUUUCAUACAUGUGUAUGAAUAUAUGUGAAGAUUUUUAAACUUGAAGCCGGCUCACCACCUGGCUUAAAAAAAGAAUAUUAAAGUAGUUUAACAGUUGAGAAGAAAAAGUAGUAAUCGUGGAAGCUUGAUCUAAAAAAGCUGAGCUACUGUAUAACAAAUAGCUGUUCUGAUGGCCUUAGCAGAACUUUUAUCAUCUCUAUUGGGAACUGAAUGCAACUCUUGUUGGUUACUAAUCUUCCUAAAUAUAGAUAGGGGAACAUAAAGCAAAAUAGGAGUCUCUGUCAACUUUUUUUUGUCUGUAUAUUCUUCUGUUGGCUGUCUGGCAAGUAGCGUGCUUCGUAGGUUAGAUGUUUUUAGAGUUUAACCUUGUUAAUUCUGUCUGAAUACCAUUAUUUGUGUAUUGUUGCUUCCUUCUGUCUAAGGUACAAAUGUGAAAAUAAAAUGGAUUUUAUCAAUUAGAACAUAUUACAUUGAUAGCUGUGUUUAUCGGUGUAUUGAUGCAAGUGCUUCAUGUAGUAAAUACCUGGAGGUGUUUCUAAUUAUAAGGAGAACUAAUUUGAGCAUAUAGGACAGGAUACCACAUCUGAAUGUCUUUUCAGAAAAUAGCAUCAAUUAGGGAAAGCAUGCUAAAAUGAAAUAAAUAAAUGUACAAAUAUUUCUUAAAUAGUAGAUAAUACUUUCUUAAUUUUGCAACACUUCCUUUCAUUCUUUAAAAAAGAUCUGCACUUUUUGGAGAGUCCUAGCUGGUGUAUAUGGGCUAUUGUCAGCAUUCUCAUUUUCUUCUGUACGCCAACAGGAUUUCAUAUAUUGUUCAUAGUUUAACUACUCUGGUAACUUUGUUUCUUUUUAAAAAAGCUGUGCUUUCAUAUGAAAGACUAGUAUUAGAAUUUGGUGCACAUUUUUGAGUGGCAGAACGCUGUUCUUAGUUUACAUGUGAUGUGAAUUAUGUAUCUUUUAGCAGUUGGCAGAAUUAUUUCAUUAGAAUCUGCAUUUUCAUAGAACAACCAAAGUUUUGGGUGAUCUAAUAUAUCUUUUUCUGUAGCAUUACUGCCUUUAUUUAUAUCUGAUUUGUAAUGGCUAGAUUUUAAAAUACCAAGGUUCUUUGUUUUUACAUUUGUGUAAUAGCUAUGUCUUCAUGAAUCUGUUCAGUUGAUGUACGUACAGCCUUCUACAUUUCAUUGCAGUUAUACUACAUCAGAUGAAUUGUGUGAAUUUUAAC